AUGACGCCCAACACAGCACCCCAGAUUCUGCUCACCGGCGCCACCGGCUUCGUCGGCGGCACGAUCCUCACCCACCUGCUCAGCUCAUCUUCACCGGCACUCAAUCAAACGGUCAUCACGUGUCUCGUCCGCGGCGCCGACCGCGCCGCCGUCCUGUCAUCUAAAUACGGCAAUCGCGUCCGCCCGGUCAUAUACAAGGACUUAGACGACCUCGAGGCGACGACCGCCGCAGCCGCGCAGAGCGACAUCGUCAUCAACACGACGCUGGGUUACCACGUCGCCUCAGGCCAGGCGCUGCUGCGAGGGCUAGCGCAGCGCAAGGCGUCAACGGGGGGACGAGACGUGUGGAUGAUCCACACCUCGGGGACGUCGAACGUGGCCGAUCAGCCGAUAACCAAGGCGUGGGUGGAGAAGGACCCCGAGCGCGAGUUCGACGACGCGCGCGACGACAUCUACGGCUACGAGAAGGAGCGCGAGGCGCUGCGCCCGUACGCCCAGCGCACUGCCGAGCUGGCCGUCGUGGACACCGGGCUGGACCUCGGUGUGAAGACGCUGGUCAUCAUGAGCCCGACCAUCUACGGCAUCGGCACCGGUCUGUUUAACAAGACAAGCGUCCAGGUUCCGGCGUAUAUUCUGAGCGUGCUCGACCAUGGACGCUCUGUGGUGGUCGAGGGGGGUAAGGGGGUCUGGGACCAUGUGCAUGUUGAAGACCUAGCCGAGCUGUACGAGGUCGCAGUCGUUGACAUCUUGGACCACGGCGGGGCAAGCUUGCCGUCUGGGAAGAAGGGGAUCAUCUUCAGUGGCAACGGCAGACACUCGUGGAUGGAGGCAGCGCAAGGAGCGGCAGACGCGUGCUACGAGGAAGGAAAGCUUGCAGAUAAGCGGGUGCAGAGCAUCGGGCUGGCGGAGGGAGCAUCGAUUCUCAACUUCGGAAAAGAGAUGCUGGAGCUGGGACUGUCGAGCAACUCACGCACUGUUUCGAGCGUCGGCCGGCAGCUGGGCUGGAAGCCAACUCGAGGUGAGGAGGCGUGGAUCCAGGGAUUCCGGGACGACUUGAAGGCGGUGCUGGCCAAGAGGAAGUAG